AUGGAGCCAUCUCUCGAUUCCGAAUCUUCCCAAACGGUAAACGCCUCGCAUGCCGAGGUCUACCAAACCCUCAGCACCAUUUUCGACUUUAAGAAUGAGGAUGAGAGACUGUGGUGGCACAGCACAGCGCCUAUGUUUGCUCAGAUGCUGCAGUUAUCGAACCGUUACGAUCCCCAUUCCCAGUACAAAUUCCUUGGCCUCUAUAAGAAAUUCGUCAUUCCAUACUUACGAGACUAUCCUAUACGCGGUCGGUCGCGUUGGAUGAGUAUCCUGACACGAUAUGGGACACCCUUUGAAUUGAGUCUCAAUUGCUCGGACUCCGUUGUGAGAUUUACCUAUGAGCCCAUCAACAGCCUUACGGGUACCGAACAUGAUCCAUUCAACACUCACGCUAUCUGGGAUGCCCUGCACCAGCUGCUGCCUCUUCAGAGAAAUAUCAACCUUGAAUGGUUCCGCCAUUUCAAAAGGGAUCUGACCCUCAGCACAGCAGAGUCAGCUUUGCUGGAAGUUGGGAUGAUUGGAAAUCAGAUCAGGACACAAAACAAGUUGGCUCUGGACCUCCAGCCUGAUGGGGGCUUCGUGCUGAAGACAUACAUCUAUCCGGCCCUGAAGUCCCUCGUCACAGGCAAGUCUAUCCAUGAUCUCAUAUUUGAGUCCACAUACGAGCUAUCGAAGGCGUGUCCUGGAAUAUCCGCCCCAUUAUCCACAUUGGAGGAAUAUAUCCGCUCACGUGGGCCCAACAGCACGGCCUCGCCCCGUCUCAUAUCCUGCGAUCUAGUGGACUCCUCACAGUCCCGCAUCAAGAUAUACUUACUGGAACAGAUGGUCUCAUUACCUGCCGUGGAAGACCUAUGGACCCUGGGAGGACGACGCAGAGAUUCUUCCACGCUCGCGGGGCUCGAGCUUCUGCGUGAACUCUGGGGCCUCAUCAACCUUCCCACAGGUCUGCGCGACUACCCCACUGGAUACCUGCCCUUAGGCGCGGAAAUUGACGAGCAGCUGCCAUUGAUGGUAAAUUUUACCCUACACCAAAAUGACCCGAUUCCUGAGCCACAGGUGUAUUUGACUACCUUUGGAAUGAACGAUAAAGCCGUGGCAAAUUCAUUAAUCAGCUUCUUCGCACGGCAUGGCUGGGACGAGAUGGCUCGAUCGUACGCAGAGCAGAUCCGCUCAUACUACCCGAAUGCCGACCACAGCACAGUCAAUAAUAUCCACGCCUAUAUCUCGUUCUCUUACCGGAAAGGGAGGCCUUAUUUGAGUGUCUAUCUGCAGUCGUUUGAGACGGGGGAAUGGUCUGCCUUUAGCAAAUUUCACUCAAAAUGA